AUGGGUAAUUGUCGAACUUUACUCUGCAAUUGUGACUCAAACGUCGAUAUGGAUCUUCAAAAUACUAAAAGAAAACAAUCAGAAGAAGAGGAAGCUCCACCUGAAGUGCUGAUGAUAGACCAAAUUGCAGAAAAACCUCAAGUCUCUCCAUCUUCAACUGAUGAAGAAAAGUAUUCUAAAAGAAGUUUGCCUCCAAAGCCUAAUACAAAUCUGCAAAUAAAAGCUGCUGCCCGAGGCUAUUUAUCACGAAAGGCUCUCAGAAGUAUACCAAAACCUGCUCCUGAGCCUGCGAAAAAGCCAAUUAUGACUAUUAGAAGCAUCCCUUUAUUUUUAAUUGAAGAUUCUAAUCAUGAAUGGGUCGAAAAUUUCCAGAUAGACCAAAACGUCACUUAUACAGGCCAAAUGCUUGAUGGGAAGCGAGAUGGAUAUGGAACGCAAACAUGGAAGGACAAAACUACAUAUGAAGGGGAAUGGAAAAACGGAAAAGCGCAUGGGUUUGGGAAACUAACUCACCCAGAAGGCGAUAUGUACGAAGGCCAAUGGGAAAAUGACAUGAUUCAUGGCAAUGGCCGAUACACCCAUACAAAUCAAGCCACAUAUGAAGGCGAAUGGAAAUUCGAUAAGCAAGAAGGCAAAGGCAAAGAAAUCUGGCCUACAGGUGCCACAUAUGAAGGAUACUAUGCACGCGGCAAAAAGAACGGAGAAGGAAUCCUCAAUUUCGCUGACGGGGCCCGAUACAAAGGGAAUUUCAUUGAAAAUGAGAUUUCUGGUCUUGGAAACUAUCAAUGGCCAGAUGGCAGAGUUUACGACGGAGAGUGAAAAGCUAAUAAAAUGGAAGGAAAAGGAAAAUUAUCAUGAAGUGACGGAAGAGUUUAUGAAGGAGAGUUUGUCCAAGACAAAAAAGAAGGUCAAGGAACCUUUAAGUGGCCAAAUGGCAAAAUGUAUAAAGGAGGAUGGAAAUCUGGGAAACAGCAUGGAGAAGGGAUUUAUGUUGCUUAUGGAAAAGAGCGUAAAGGAAUCUGGGAAGAUGGGGUCAGGAAGGAGUGGAUUGACUAA